AUGUCGCCAAUCAAGAGGCGCCCUGUCCUAUCCGCAACAGCCUCCAUCACGUCUAGGACCAGCAGCCUACCGGCCACUCCUCUUGACGAGAUACCCGAGACCCUUUGGCCACGAGUUCUCCGCACAGCUACUACUCCCGAGGCGAGCACUCCCGAACUGUCCAUCGACGAAAUCACAUCUACCAGGCUGUCGCUUGACGAUCAGGCCAUCCUGACCACCCUUCCCAAGAACGGCGAUCGGAAAGAGGGACAGUCUCGCCGAGCUGUGUCGAGAACAACUUUUGGGAGCAUGUGGGGAGAGAACAAUAGCCGAUUCAAGAAGAUGACCAAGAAAUUGAAAAACAUACCCAGCGGACUGUUCACUCGCAAGGAUCGACGAUCGCGGGAAGCUUUGACGCCGACUACCACACGAACAAUCCCAUCGCCAGAGCCGUCAUUGCCACAGCUUGAACUCACCACUGAACUGUACAUACCCGCGACUCGCACAUCGUCGACUAGUGGGAAUUCCGGUCACAGCAAACCGGUGACCUUGAUGGAUUAUGAAUGCAAGCCAAAGGAGUCCGAGUCAGAGUCGCGCCGGGAAGAGAUGGCCAAGGUACGACUAUAA